AUGUCUGGCAACGACUCUCACCGUUCCUUCCUCCAAGAUCUAAAAAUCGCCCACGAUGUCUACACAAUUGAAGUCGUUGAUGAGGAUUCCAAGAAAAUUACUCUUCACUUGGCUGGGCCAGCAGGCACCCCAUACGUCGGUGGAGUCUACGAAGUGGAUAUCAAGUUUCCUGCCACAUACCCAGAUGGUCUCCCAGAGAUCGUUUUCAAUGUGCCGAUCUGGAAUGCGGCCGUUGAACCAAGCACCGGACGCGUCAGCUUCAACAAUGAAACAAAUCUCAACGUUGGACAGACGCUCAACUACGUCGACGACUUGUUGAAAGUUCUCGAUUUCGAGGACGAUUCGGAAUUCGCAAAGACAGCUCGUUUCUGGAGUGCGGAGUUCGCUGGGGCCAUGGGGUACCCAGAAUACAAUAUCCUUGUCGCCAAGGUCCGCAAGGUAGAGGAGAUGGGCUUCCCGACAAAGGAUGCCAUCAUUGCCCUUUCCGAGUGCGAUUGGAAAGUGGAAGAUGCUGCCGUCCAACUCAUCGACCAAGCCAGCACAGAGUGUUGA